AUGCAGACCCGUGAAGAGCAGGUAACAUGGACUACCUUCAGGACGAGGUUCCUGGAGAAGUAUUUCCCCGAUAGUGCGAGGCACGAGCGGGAGGCAGAGUUCCUUACCCUCCAACAGGGAACUAUGACCGUGCAAGUAUACAUAGAGUGGUUCGAGUACUUGGCUCGUUUCUACUCACCUGCCAAGACUGUGGAGCAGUUGGAGACGGGGUCUAGCAGGGGAGGGAGACAUCAAAAGACUGCUCUAGAUGUCAGAUCACAGAAGAAACCUUAUAGCAGACCGCCGACUACCUCCAAGAGGCUACAGUGCUAUAACUGUGGCGGGGAGCACUUGAGGAGAGAUUGUACUAGACCUGCCAGUAGUACAGGUGAAGACAGUAGCACUGGUAAGUGCUACGUGUGUGAUCAGACUAGACACUUUGCACGACAGUGUUCUAACAGAAAACCAGCUGGAGGUGCGCCAGCCAAGAAACCUGUAGGAGAUCGGCCUAGAGCACCAGGGCGUGUGUUCGCCUUGACGACUACAGAGGCAACCCAGUCAGGCGCCACCCAUUCAUUCGUGUCUAAUGAAUGUGUGGGGAGGCUUAGGCUUAUAAUGCGAGAGCUGGGGUGCGAGCUGAUAGUUGCGACUCCAGCAUCUGGAGAGGUAUCCACCACUUCUAUGUGCGUGGGAUGCCCUAUGGAGGUGGAAGGUCGUAGGUUCACGCUGAAUCUUAUUUGCCUGCCAAUGGAGGGUUUGGAUGUGAUACUGGCAUGGACUGGUUAUCGAGCAACCAUGUUGUUAUUGAUUGCGGACAACGCAGGAUAG